AUGGCUAAAAAGAAGAAGGGCGGCAAGAAGCGCGGCGGCGGCGACGCGGGCAGCGCGACUGCUGCGGACACGGGCGGCGACGCGGGCAGCACUGCCGCUGAGGACACGGGUAUGUCCGAAUUCUUCGAGGACCAUCCCCUAAAACCGGGGCAGCAAUAUCUGCCGAAGGACAGAGACCCUGCAAAGCGCGCCAGGCGGGCAGAGCUCGUCCUCUACGCCGAGCGCGAGCUCGAGGCGCUGCGCGCGCGCCAGGGCGGCCGCCUGACGGCGGAGCAGCGCACGGACAAGUGGCAGCUCGACUUCCGGCUCAAGUGCUUCCGGGAGAAGAUGAAGGUCGACGACGCACCGACCGACGUGCCCCAGUUCGCCAUCGCGCCGGCGCUCUGCGACGAGAUGGUCGCGUCGCUCCACGCGCAGCUCUUCGACGGCGACCACGUCUACCUCGUGAACGGCCGCUCGAAGACCUUUGAGACGCUCGCCGAGCUCGAGCGCUGCAAGGUGCGCGCGAAUCUGAGCUUCGGCGCCGGGGACUGGGCCGGCGCCGUCGACGGCUACUCGGCCGUGCUCGCCGUCCUCGGCCGCGCGGGGCGCCGCGAGGAGCGCGCGCCCGCGGACGAGCCCUUUUACGGGCCGACGCUCGCGACGACCUACGCGAACCGCGCGGCCGCGCUGCUGCGCGUCGCGGACCACGCGUCGGCGGUGCGGGACUGCCUCGACGCGCUGCGGCUGCCCGCGCUCCACGACGCGCCGGCGGUCAAGGCCAAGGUGCUGCGGCGCCUCGAGGCCUCCCAGAAACCGCCGUCGGAGGCGGCCCUGGCGGCCGCGCGCGAGCGGAAGCGCGCGGCGAAGCCCCGGCCCGCGCCGGACGCGGCGGAGGUCGACCUGCUCGUGCAGGCGUCGCGCGAGCACCCCGCCGCGAAGCCGCUCGCGCGCGAGACCGCCGAGCGGCUCGUGGCGCUCUGCGGCGGCUUCCCCGGCGCCAUGACGGUGAUGAGUCUCUACGCCGCCGACAACCCCUACGCGGAGAAGCGCGCGCUCGCGCGCAACGUGCUCGGGCACGGGUCCGCGGUCGUCGACGAGGCGGACCUCGACGAGCUCGAGGGCUUCUUCGACGGCGCGGCGGAGCGGCGCCUCGCGCGCGAGGCGGAGAAGCGCGAAAACGCCGCGAAGAGGGACGAGGCCCUCGCCGCCGAGAUGGCGUUGGCGCUGGACUGCGCGGAGGUCUUCUGGAGGAAAUUGGGCGAGGCCAACGAGGGCGCGGACUGCGGCGACCCGGAGACCUCCGAGCGCGCGCGCCACGCGGCGCGGCUCGUGGCGGGCGCCGUCGAGCCGCCGGCGGGCGUCGAGCCGCCGCUCGUCGGCGCGCCGGCGCCCGCGGAGCGCGCGCCGCCGACGCCGCCGUCGCUCGAGACGCUCGCCGCGGACCGCCUCGCGGCCGCCGGCGUCGACCGGGGCGCGCUGCGGGCCGCGGGCGUGCCCGACGCGGCGACGGCGGCGACGCCGAAGGCGGCCGCGCCGGAGAGCCGGCAAGCGAAGCUCGCGACGAGCGCCGCCAUGUACGCCGAGAAGGAGGCCGCCGAGCGGGGCAAGGCCGCGCUCGCGGCGGCCGUGCCCGACGACGACGUCCGCCCGAACACUUUGAACGAGUCCGCGGACUUCCGGCGCGAGGCGCUCGCGCGGAAGCGCCAGGAGGCCUUCCUGGCGUCGUCGGCGCACUGCGGCCAGGUCGUCGACGACCUCUGGCACGUGUCCCUCGUCGCCGGCGCGGGCUCGUCCGCGGCGCUCCACCCGGCCGCGGCGAGGAUGCUCCCGAUGUCGCGCGCGGCCGAGUUCCGGCCGCCGCGCUACGAGGUCUGCGCGGCGCCCGUGCCGCGGCCGGCGCCGCGCGACGUCCGCGGGUCCGUCUUCGGCGCCCGCCCCGCGGCCGACCGCGUCGACCUGCCGCCGCCGCUCGCGUCGCGCCACUUCGACGACGACCACGCGUCCGACGCGCGCGACGUCGCGCUCCGCCUGGUCCUCCUCGAGGCCGCGCGCCUCCGCGGCGGCGUGCCGAAGACGCUCGUCUUCGGCCCCUGCGGCGCCCUCGAGCUCUCCGGCGUCGUCCGGCUCCGCUCGCGCUUCGUCGACGACUUCGUCCGCGGCGUCCUCCGCGUCGGCGCGUUCCGCCUCGAGGGCUGGAUCGAGGGCAGCAUGGGCGGGCCGACGCUCAACUGGGGCACCUUCGACGAUGCGGCCCACGACCGCGCGGCCGAGCGGCGGCGGCGCGAGGCGCGGGGCGACGGCGGGGAAGCGGAGGCCGCGUUCGUGUGCCAGCUGAACCAAAAGCCGUAG